CACUGUUAGACGGCACUGAUGCACACUGAUAUGUGGCACUGACUGGCACUGAUAGGUGGCACUGAUUGGCAGGACUGAUAGGUGGCACUGAUUGGCAUUGAUAGGUGGCACUGACUGGCACUGAUGGGUGACACUGUAAGGCAGCUCAGAUGGGCACUGAUAUGUGGCACUGAUGGGCACUGGCAGGUGGCAUGGAUGAGCACUGACAGCUGGUACGGAUGGACACUGACAGGUGGCACUGCUGGGGCUACACAGAUCAACAGGGCACACUGAUCAUCAGUGCCCUGAUGAUCCGUCUGUGAUUGGACACAGCUGAUCA